AUGAAGAACGAAACAAGCUCAUCUAACAAGCUAACGCGCUGCUUGAAGGCUCCUUUCAGAGUCUUAUGUAGGGCAAGAGACUUUUAUAUCAAGAGCAUGAACAACUGCUCUAGUAGGAUCGACUACGGUGCGGCGAUGGGCUGCCCCGCCGCUGUUGUCUACACACUACCGAAGAGCUUCAGCAUGAAUUCGACGCGGACGAGAGAGGACGAAGAACUUCGAGAGCUAUUGCGGAUUGUGUCGAAGCGGGAGAGGGUGGCGAAGUCGACAACGACAACUACAGUAAAGAAUGCGGUGGGGGCAAAGAAUACGAAAGGGUUGCCUAAGAGUUUCAGUAUGGGGAUUGGGAAGAUUGAUGAAGAUGAGCCUUGUUAUUUUCAAGAUGAUUUCAAGAUGGGGAGCACGAAUGCUUCGGUGUUCCCUAGGAGUAGGAGUUAUGGUAUGGGGAAGAGGAGAGGUGGAUCGCUGUCUUAG